CACGAUGUCGGGUACAAUGCGGGAUAAAACAAAUGACGUGCAAGGCUUCCGGUUUGCAUGGCCCUUUCCAAAAAAACCGUCACUUCUGUACCGUAUAAAAUCAUACAUGACAAUGAGUUUAGUCACUUCAGUUUCCAAACUUAUGUUCCUUGGAGGAUCCAAUAAGUUGAUAUGCCACAACAAAGAGACAUUCGUCAAGAUUUUGGAAAAUCCGAAUCAACCACUCAUCACAGUCUCAAAUCAUCGCUCAAAUAUCGACGACCCGCUCAUGUGGUGUAUUCUGAAAUUCCGUGAGUUUUGGAGAUACAAAGAUCGCAAUAGAUACACUCUCGCAGCUCACAACAUUUGCUUCACAAAACAGUUCCAUACAACAAUGUUCUCAUUAGGACGUUGUGUUCCGUGUGUUCGUGGAGAAGGAGUUUAUCAAAAAGGAAUGGAUUUCUGUGUGGAUAUGCUGAAUGAUAAUAAAUGGGUUCAUAUCUUUCCAGAAGGAAAAGUGUGUACUCUUGAAAGUGAACCACUACGAUUCAAGUGGGGAAUUGGAAGGCUUGUGAUGGAUGCUAAAACCGAUCCAGUAAUAUUGCCUGUAUGGUGUAAAGAGAUGGAAAAAGUUUGGCCAACACAACCUCCAUACUAUCCUAAAUUUGGAAAUACCGUAACAGUUCACAUCGGAGAGCCAUUUUUCCUGUCUGAUCUCAAGAAAACAGUUCUAUCAAAGUCACUGACCACUGAACAAAUGCGAAAAAUCAUCACUGACGAAGUUCAGACACGGAUGUAUCAAUUGGGAGAGAAAGUUGGUGAUCUUCCUAAAGGAUCGUCACUGGAAAUUCUUCGAAAAAAUCCGCCAAUUGAAUAUUAAACUUGAUUCCCCAUAGCUUUAAUUUUUUAGGAAAUAUUUAGAUUUUUUUUCUAUUUCUUGGUUUGAUGAUUUUUGUUAUAACACAACUUUUAUUGCAUUUUCUAUGUACGUGAUAGCCAUUUUCUUUCCUACUUGCUGUUUUUGUUUUUUUUUUCUCUUCCCUUGAAAUCCCGGAUGAAUUCGUCUCAAGCUCUGAUCUU